AGAUUUUGGAAAAGAGAACAUUUCUGCUAGCAACUCAUAAGGAAAUAAUUUUCUAUCUGCUUGGGAUGAGAAGACCAGCUCAUUCUUAGAGUCUUCUGAAAUAAAAUUAGGUUGAAGACAAUAGGAGAAGAAGGGGAUGCUGAAAGUACCAAGCCACUUGUUCUGGUGGAUAGUUCCCAUUCUGAAACCUUCUAGGGGGCUAUCAAGAAUCACCUUAUUGGAAGAAAUUCAGGCAUGAAUAACAAAAGACACUUGGAAGAUUCCAACAGUAUUUGUGCUCUCUGCCAGAAAGGAAAAAGAGAACGAAACCCAAGUAAUUAUUUUAUCCAGAGGAUGGACAGGUUAAAUGAAUAUUCUCAUAAUUCAUUUGACCUACAAUCUCUAUUAAACUCCUUUCCUGGAGAUUUGGAAUUUAAGCAGAUCUUCAGUGACAUUGGUGAACAGAUGCAACAAAAUGCUACCAGCAUAGAGCAUUGCAUUGAAGAAAUACAAUCUGAAGUAAACAAACUCUGUCCAGAUGUGCAGCUGCAAACAACAAGUGACUGCUUCAAAUGGCUAACUAGCUAUAACCAUAAUUCAUCUAAGUCACCGUCCAUUCCCCAUGGAGAUUUGAUAAAAUUCCUCAAAAUAAUGAAAGAUUUAUUGAAUAAUGAAGAAAAUCAAGAAGAAAUGAUCCUGGAUUUACUCUGGGACCUUUCCUGUCAGAGCAGCAUCUCAUUCCUGUCGCCGCUAGGUGGGACCUCCUUCUGUUUCCUGUCCAGGACCUCUCUUCAUUCUGUUGAAGAUUACUCUUCUGUGGAUGUGAAGUCUGUUUGGGAUGAUGUAAGAUUACAUCUUCGACGCUUCUUAGUGAACAGGCUAGAAAGCCAUAAUGAGAUCAACAAUUCACAGCAAAGAGUUGAACUGAAAAAUCAAUGUAUGAAGCAACUCCUCCUGCUCUACCCAGAAUCAGAAGUGCUUAUCAAGUACCAAAACAUCCAGAAGAGACUGCUGGCUAAAUUUCUACAGAACUCCUUCCCUUCCUGCAAUAGAGAUUCAGAUUUAGAAGUAAUUGCUCAUGGAUACCAAAGUACAAUGCCCAUGUUAUAUUCAAUGAUAAAAGAGGACUUUAACAUACUAUGUGAAAUUUUAGCUCCCUCCUCAAUAGUGCAGUUCAUUAAAGAAACUUACCUGGAUACAGUUACAGAAGAAAUGGCAAAAAUUCUUGAAAAUUUUUGUGAGCUGCAGUUGAAAGAAAAUGCUGUUUCUGGAGUUAAAACAAGCAAGAGCUGCAGCAAACACAGUGGAACCGUGCAUGCUUUGGUCAGCUCUGCAUGCCCACAAAAGCCAAGGCGCUCUUCUCUCUCCUUAGAUGAACUCAAAUUCUUAUCACAGCUAACACAAUCCUUUCUGAAGCUGGAAAGCAACAUCCAGGAACUGCUUGAAGAAACGUUUUUAUUGCUUCAGAUGCCAAGGAAUUCUCCAGGAAUAUUGGAAAAAUCCAAUAGGGAAGCCAUGGUAGAGAAACGUACAGCAAAUGAAACCAAUAUUUCUCCAGAGCCAUUAUUACCAGUUAAAGAGGCUACUUUACUAGAGUUUGGCUGGAGAAAUGCAUUUAAAGAUAUUACUCUUUCCAUGGCGCACUGCAUAUCAGCAGCCAUUGAAGGUUUUUCCACCAAAGUUCUCCAACAGGAGCAAACAGAAAGAACCUCAGCUUCGAGCUACAUUAUGAACCUUGUCAAUGUCCCAAAAGCUUGUCUAGAAGGUCACAUAUUUGCCGAGGAGGAACAACCAAAGCAAGUCGCCAAGUUUUGUUCUGACAUCAUGGAAAAGCUUGACACAAUGCUUCCACUGGCUCUGGCAUGCAGAGAUGAUUCUCUUCAGGAAAUUAGAGGGAACCUCGUGGAGGCCUGCUGUAAAGUGGCAACAGCUGUCCUGGAAAGACUGCAAGAGAGAGGCAGGGACAUUCCUUCAGGGGCACCCCUGAAGAACCUGCACAUCCUCCUCUCCACGGCAGCCUAUGUCUCCCAGCAUUUUACGCACUAUGACAAUCUGAUGAGAGAGACAACUAAGAAACCCGUAUUCCUGGUGCCUGUCCAGCGAUAUCAGGAAUUCAUCAACACUCUACAGUUUCAGGUUACAGACUACUGCGUCAGAGUUUGUGCUACAAGCAUUUUACAGGAUGCUGAGAGCCACCACUGGGAUGACUACAAAGCUUUUUAUGAGGGGGAAAGAUGUUCCUUCUCCAUCCAGAUGUGGCAUUACUUCAGCUGGGCUCUGCGUCAUGACCUCUGGACCAUACUGCCAGCUAAGUUAGCCCAGAUGAUUCUAGCAGAGUUUCUGGAGAAGUCCUUGGGUCUACUUGCCUCCAGAUAUGCUCGGGCGUGUCCCAGUCCUAAGAGAACUGCACAGAUAAGACUUGAUGUCACAACAAUCUUAAUAUGUACUGAGAACAUAUUAUGGUCAGUUUGUACAUCUGUACAGGAAGUUUUGAAUCCUCAUGAGUUUAACAACAAUAACAUUUUUAAAAUCCAUACUCAUUGCAACAACCUCUUUACAACAUUAGCCAUUUUAACAUCACCUCUAUCAGAACUAUAUCAAACUUUUCAACAUGGUAUGGAUGAGUCAGCUUCAGCUUCAAAUUCCUUAAUGUCAUUGCUUAAUCAACCACUCCACUGGGUUUCCUGCUUGUCGCAGUUCUACCCUUCGUUACUCAGGCCUAUGUCAGCUGGAGAACUGAAUGCCGAGGGUCAGUUAAAACUACUCUUAUCCCAACCAUGCUGUAAAUGGGACCUGCUUCUGGAGACCCUGCUACAUGGUGGUGGCCUCAUACCCAGAAUCCUGCUGAAAAGCUCACAACAAGCUACUGGCACAGAAAAAGACCAAAAGGAAGGUUGCAGUGUGGUGGAAGCCAUCUUUAAAGUUCUGUACCAUUGCCACUUGUCUCCACAAGCAUUUGGAAGUGUUUUCAUGAGCUACAUGGAAGAGGAGCAGCUCUUGGACUUUCUAUACAACAUUCCAGUCUCAGUAUACACAGAGUCCCAGCCAGAAGUCAUCCGCUGUCUGAGACUGGCACUGAUGGACGCUGUCAAGGACACUGUGCAGCAGGUGAUAUCCCUGGUGAGAUGUGGGCGAAACAGUGAGACAAACCUAAACAAGCCCCGUGUCCCUGAUCAUCUGCUUCAGACCAUUCCACCGGCAUGGGGUUAUAUUCCAAGAGGAUCCCGAAGGAAAGAAUCAAAUAAAGGCUUCCCAAGGCUUGCUGCUCAGGCAGUAUCUAUUGUAAUCAGCAAGUUACCUACAGUGAUUGCAUGCUUGCCUCCCACAAUUAAAAUCUUCUUUUAUCUGUCUGAGAGAAAAAUGUCAAAAAACUUGGCUGCAUUGAAGAAAGCUGGCCUGCUUGUCUGGAACUUGAUUGUAAUUAUAUGUCGGAUAUUUGAGGAUGGGAACACCGUGGAACGUUUAACAGGUGCCUCCCUUGACAGAUGGAGCAAAGAGAAAGUGGCUUUAAUCUCUGUGUGUUUGGAAAGUAUUCUAGGAGAGAGAAGCAGCCCUUGUCAACUGACCCAAAAGGUCAUACUGAGCAUUGAGCGGCAAAAACCCAACUGGUUGGAGCACCAACUUCUCAAAGCAAGGACGCUGAGCAUCAACUGUGCAUUCAUGGCGGUGGAAGGAAGCCCAGGCUUAGAAGGAGACACCGCUCUUGAACUGACUGAGCAGAAAACAAACGUGAUGGUCCUGGAUCUCUGCCACAAACCAGGUGGCAGCGAGUACCUGAGGCAAAUUUAUCACAUCAUGCGGCUCAAUGAGGAAUAUUUAAAAAAACAACUGUUUGCUAUGAAUGGUUCAGAGAAAAAGCCAUUACCCAGCCAACCUCUGAAGGUGACCUUGUGGAGUGUAGAAGAUCAGCCUCCUGUUUUUAACCCUUUCCAUGUAUAUAAGAUGUUCAGCGAAAACAUGAUACAUCAGUCAGCCACAGCAACAUGGUGCUGGAACUGGUCAAACUUGCUACCAAAUUACCUGCGACUGGAUAAGAUGACCUUCGGUGCACUGCUCAAAAACAGAUGGGAAAUGAGGAAAGAUGAAACUCUGGAAGAGAAAGACAAAAUGAUGCUGGAACAUUUAAAACAAAUUUGUAGCCUACAGGACUCUUCUCCAUUAGACAGCACAGACAAACUGUAAUCUGCAGAAAAUGGCAACAGCUUUAUUUUAGGAAACAGCCUCAUGUGAUGGAGACUUUCACCACAGUCACAGGAACCUCACACGUGCCACAGAGUGCACCCGUCACCACAGAGUUGCUGUACUGAAAAGGAACACAGAACAUAAGGAAAAAAGAGGCUCCGUGGUUUUUAAUUUAAAGAUAAUUUCAAGUGUUUUUCUUUCCAAGCCUUUCUCCUUAUAUGAUAAAAUGAUAAAAACUACUGCCAUCUCGUGUUCCCUUUGAA